UUGAAAUCCAUCAUCAAGCGCGCACUUAAUCUUCAAAGAUGUCGUUGUUUUCCAAUCCUACACAAGCAUUCGGCACUAAUCCCGCUACAACUGCUACCACGGGGUUUUCAUUUGGUGGAGCGGUGACGACAUCGGCGCCAGCAUUUGGUGGUUUCGGCAGUACUGCUACAACAGCAGCACCCACGGGCUUUUCAGGUUUCGGGACAGGAACACAGGCAACCUUAGGGCAAACCACAGGGUUUUCCGGGGGCGCUGCACCGGCAACGACUACAGCAGCGACAGGUUUCAGUGGUUUCGGGACUAACCCCGGCACAUCCACCACAGGUUUCUCAGGAUUUGGGGGAACGGCGCCAACAACAACUACUGCCUCUGGAUUUACAGGAUUCGGUGGAUUUGGAACCACAUCAGGCUUUGGUGCUGGAACAGGAACCACAACAGGCUUCGGUGCUGGAACAGGAACCACGACAGGCUUUGGAGCAGCUCCAGGAACAACAGGGACCUCCACAGGAUUUGGGGGGUUUGGCACCACCGGAUUUGGUGGUGCCACAACUGGACAAACUGGCUUUGGAGCAGGAUUGUUUGCAGGAGGCCAGCAACCUCAGCAGCAGCAACUGCAACAACAACAUGGUGCAUCUGACCUCACCAACAUGGCCAUGGCGGUGUCUUUGCCGCAGAUCUAUGGUGAUGAGAGAGACGCCAUUAUUGCUAAAUGGAACCAGCUACAGGCCUGCUGGGGAACCGGGAAGGGAUACUACAGUCAAAAUGGCAUGGUGGAGUUCAAGGCAGAUAAUCCCUUCUGUAGAUUCAAGGCGAUAGGUUACCAUGUGAUACCAAGUGGGAGGAAUGAGGAUGGGUUGGUGGCGCUCAUGUUGAAAAAGAAGCAGACGGAGGUGACAGCGGCUCAGCAAGGAAUUGUUGACACUCUGCACAAGAUGCUAGGCAGUAAACCCACUCUCUCCGUUUGUGUGGAGGGCAUCAGACCACUCCCAGAGGACAGGACAGAGUUGGUGAUCUAUGUACUGGAACGUCCACCCACAGGACCUGCUAGACGGGUGGGAGCAUCUGACCUGUUCACAUUUAUGACCCUGCCAGGGUCCAAGAACACACUGGUCACCCAGCUGACCGUUGAGAACAUUGUGCCGAAGAUGGGCUGGUCCAGUGAACAGCUGAAGGAGUAUCUAGAUAAACCUCCAGCUGGUAUUGACCCAGUACUGUGGCAGCAGGCCAAGCUGGACAACCCAGAUCCAACCAGACUCAUCCCCGUCCCCAUGAUCGGCUUCAAGGAGGUCCAGCGGCGACUACAACACCAGCAGGAGCAGACACGACUACAUCAACAACGUCUCGAUGUGAUGUCUGGUGAUUUGACAGACCUUCAGAACAAACACAGCAACAUGCUGGCUCGGCAGGAGGAGUACAAGAGGAAACACCUGGAGCUGGGGCACCGACUGUUACAGGUGAUUGUAAAGCAGGAGAUCUACCGGAAGAUGGGGUAUGCCAUCCAGGCUGAAGAAGAGCAUCUCAAGGUACAGCUGGAGGUCCUGCAGACUGAGCUCAACCACCCCACACAGUUUAAGGGUCGACUCAAUGAACUGAUGUCACAAAUCCGGAUGCAGAAUCACGUGUCAUCUCAGCGACAGGAAGCAUCCUUUCAGAUGGACACAGAACUACAGUCAGAGAUCAAGCAGCUGUUGAAGCAACAACAAGAUGGCCUCAAUCAUCUGAUCCAAAUCUUGAAAGAUGAUGCCUCAGACCUUCACCUUAUAGAGUCAUCCCUCGCAGAUACCAUACAGACACGGAGGUGAUGACACAUCUCAGUAGGAUGGAAACAUUGUUGCUGUAGGAGUCUCUGCAGAUGCUGCACAGUUUGACUCACAGAUGGGACAAAAAGCUUCUGACAUCGUCCUUGUCAUAUCCUUCGUGACUCCGGUGCUGUACCAUGUCCUUGAGAAGAGUCUUUGUUUGGUCUGCAACGUAACAAUUCAUGACACAACAGGGUUAAUGCACACUGAUCUCUGAUGUGAAGUGAAAUGAUCAGCAUUAUGUCUCAUGUAUAUUGGGGUGUGGUAAAAUGGCGGUCAGGUAGCCUAAUGGUUUAAGUGUCCGCUCGUCACGGUGAAGACCCGGGUUCGAUUCACCACAUGGGUACAAUGUGUGAAGCCUGUUUCUGGUGUCCCCGCCAUAAUAUUGCUGGAAUAUUGCUAAAAGCGGCGUACAACCUCACGCACUCACUGCAUCAUAAUGAUUUCCUCCUGCAUCAAGACAUGUCAUGGUAUCAGUGAAAUACUGUUCAGGUGAGGUAACCAAAUCAUCGUGCUGUAUGAACCAUUGUCAACACAUGGAACAGCUUUCUUGUUUUCCUGUAAACAUAACAUAAUUCCAGGACAACUGGUACUGAAGGCUUUGUAACACGAGUCAACCAAACUUUACGAGAUAGUUUGUGGAGUACCACUGUCUGGAGUCAUUGAUACUUAGUGGCAAGAAUGUUGACAAAAUACAGCUUGAAUAAAAUCUGAAGUAAGGGGGUAGCCUAGCUGCCAUACCACUGGCUUGUCACAUUGGAAACCAUGGCUCACUGACACAGUGUGUGAAGUGUAUUCUUGUUGAACCCACAGCUUUGAUAUUAAUGGAAUGUGUAUGAGAGCCAACUCAUUCACAUGCGAAAUAAUUCAGUCUUAUGAUAACCUGCAUGGUUCGUGGACCAAGAAGAAAUCUUUCUCCAGACAACAAUAUCAUACCGGCAGGAAUUUAUUUCAGAGACGGAUUGUUGGUGCACAUUAUGGUUAUAUGGUUAUUGAAAAGUCUUGCAG